GCAAAAUAACAGUUUGUCCCAUGGUUUGUGUAAUGACCUAUCUCCUCUAUCUCUUGAUACAUCUAGAAAUUUCGGAUAAAAUACUAAAUUACAAGUGCCGGAGUUUCUUAAAGCAAGCGCCUGAAUAUUCCGAAUCGUAGGGCACUGAGAUAUCUUAAAAUAUUCCCAACCCGUCUUACCUCAUACCUCACAUGUAUUGCCACCUCACUCUUCGAUUAUCCUCAACUCACUUAAAAACCAGGAUGAGAUACUUAGACGACGUGGAGGCAGACUUACGGCAGCUGGAAGUUAGAAGGUGGAGAGCUGUCGCUGCCGACAGACCAGCCUGUCUGGUUAUUUGUGAGGAGACUCUUGGAAAGCAGUAG